GAGCACCUGGCAGUCGGUUGACCCCUAAAACGUGUGAAUUUCGCGGUUUCUGAUUGGUCAAAUCAGAGUCGCUUUUGGCCUUUGUUGCAGCAAGAUGGCUGCCAGCGACGGGAGCGGAGAUGGUGCGGACCGUAUCCUGGAGCCGCUGUGUUUCCCAGAGCAGCCCACCGAUCCCGCUCCCGGCGGUCCGGCGGACUCCCGCCGUCCCGGUUCACCUCGCGGCGGAGCGGAGACGCUCUCGUGUCUCUUCUGCCCGGAGUCGCUUCCUGCGACGCAGGAAGACGUCCUCCUCAGACACCUCCUGCUGCAGCACAACUUGGUCAUCGCCGACGUUAAACUCGUCGCAGACCUUCCAAAAUAUCUGCUAUACUGGAAAGGUCGCUUCUUGGAGCAGCCCAUCACUGAUUUUUGCAGUGAGAUCAAGACCAACUCCACCGGGCCCGUGGAGAAACAGCAGAGUUACUUCCUGCUCUGCGACAUCCUUCCCGAAGACCGCGCCCUGCGAGAGAAGCUCCAGCAAAAGCGUCUGGAGACGGCGCUGGAGCAGCAGCAGAAGGAGCGAGAAGACCGCAGCUUCAGUCGCGUCUGCAUGUUCUGCAGCGACGAAUUCGCCGGGAACAGGGCCGACCUUCUGAACCACAUGGCCCGCGAGCACGCGUUCGGCAUCGGGCUUCCCGACAACAUCGUCUACUGUAACGAGCUCCUGGACACGCUGCAGAGCAAAGUGGACAACCUGCAGUGUUUGUACUGCGAGAAGACCUUCAAGGACAAAAUAACGCUGAAGGAUCACAUGCGCAAGAAGGGCCACCGCCGCAUCAACCCCGCCAACCGACAAUACGACCGCUUCUACAUCAUCAACUACCUGGAGCUGGGGAAGAGCUGGGAGGAAGUCCAGAGCGAGGACGACCGCGAGCUGCCGGACGACAAAGACGACGACUGGUCCGACUGGCGCGCUCGUCCCUUGUCGGCCGUCUGCUUGUUUUGUGACCUUCGGUGCGACGCCGCGGACGACGUCUACGCUCACAUGAAGAAUGUUCACGACUUCGAUCUCCAGCAUCUGAGGGCCGAGCUCAACCUGAGCUUCUAUCAGCAGGUGAAGGUGGUCAACUUCAUCCGGCGCCAGAUCCAUCAGAACCGCUGCCACGCCUGCCGAGACCAGUUCGGCUGCCGAGGCGACGUCCUGAGACACCUGCGGGAGCGGCGGCACGCCACGAUGCUGCCGCCCGCCGCCGCCUGGAACCAACCGCAGUACUACUUCCCCACCUACGAGAACGACGCCUUGUUAUGCGCGCUGCCCGAUAGCGACGGCGAGGAGGGCGACGGCGGGCCAGCGACAGGAGACGGCGCCGGAGAGCGAAACGCGCUCGAAAACGCCGCAUGAAGCUCACCGCCCGCGUGCCUCCUUGACGACUGGCCCCGAUCGGUUCUUAUGUCGGCAGGUUGGCUGCUUUUGCCUCCGUCUAUCCAGACCAGUCAUCGUUUGUUUGGAAUGGAAAGAUAUAUAUCAAAUAUGAUUUUCAGAUAGAAGCAAAAUGUUGAUGAUCAAAUGAGCAUAAAGUAUUGUUGCUGUGAAUGACUGUUCAUUAAUCAUUGCAUAAAGAGCCGCACACUUGUCCGCCUACACAAACAAACAAAUUCACUGAAUAUUUUCCCUUUUGCUAGGUACUUUAAUUUUGGGGGGGGGGGGGGACAAAA